AGACCAAAUAUAAUUCCCUGAGCUAUACAGUAGGACCUUGCUGUUCCCUUGAAACCAAAUUAAUCUUUCUACAUCUCAGUUCCUUUUUUUAGUAAAGUGUUAAUGAAGAUCAAAUAAGAGAACACAUGCGAAGAGGUGGUAAAUUAUGAGGCACUGAAAAAACAAAGGUUACCUAUUUUGUUUUUGUACUGAGGCACAUACACGUGUAUUCUUCUAACCCAGUGGUUUUUAACCAGGCGCAGUUUUGCUCCCCCAGGGGCUAUCUGUCAAUGUCUAUACAUUUUUUGUCACAGCUGGAUGGGGGUGCUGUUGGUAUCUAGUGGGUGGAGACCAGGGAUGCUGCUAAACAUCCCACACUGCACAGGACAAUAAAAAAUUAUUUAGUCCAAAAUGUCAAUAGUGGCGAAGUUGAGAAACCUUGAUAUAGCCUAUUUAUACAGCCUUUAAUCAGGCUAAAUUGCCUCACUGGGCAGCAUCUCCCAGGGGCGGCUCCCCCAUCCCCAGGUAAGACAGGAGGAAGUGACAAGGAUCCCAGGACUGCUUUUACCUUCCUCCUUUCCCCAGUGCUCCUCUCUCGUCUCUCAGCACACCCUGCCUGCCCAUCCUACUUGAGACGCUAACCCAGAGGAAGGGCAGGAAGCCAGCCCUACAGCAUAAAAGGGCUAAAAGCAUGGAUUGACUGGGAAAUGGACCGAUCGUCUGCCAAGAGCUUCAGCCUAGCUGCCUAGAGAGAGGGAAGUUUUCUCAAAGUGAGCGCCAGAACAGCAUUCCACGCCAAACCAAGACAAAGACUAGAUUCCAAAGGCGCAAAGUUAAAGAAAAUCUGAUUUGCUGACGCUAGCUUUGCAUUUUAAAGGUGGAAGGAGGAGAAAGAAGAAGGGAAGGGUUGGUUCUGGUCAGCCCCACCCCUCGCGCUGCCCAGAGUCCAGCCGACCCUUGAGGUGCCGGCCGAGGCAGCGCCACGGCUCCGGGAUUCUGCUCUGGGGAUCCGCAGGGAACACGGGACCGCGCCGUGUCGCCUGGGGCAGCAGAAGGGCCCAGCCCGGGAGCAAGGAACAUGUUAGCUGUGCACUUCGACAAGCCAGGAGGACCAGAAAACCUUCACUUGAAGGAAGUGGCCAAGCCAAGCCCAGGGGAGGGUGAAGUCCUCCUGAAGGUGGUAGCCAGCGCCCUGAACCGGGCGGACUUACUCCAGAGACAAGGCCACUAUGCCCCACCCCCAGGAGCCUGCAACAUUUUGGGACUUGAGGCAUCUGGACACGUGGUGGAGCUGGGUCCUGGCUGCCAGGGACACUGGAAGAUUGGUGACCCAGCCAUGGUUCUGCUGCCUGGUGGGGGCCAGGCUCAGUAUGUCACUGUCCCUGAAGGGUUCCUCAUGCCCAUCCCGGCAGGACUGACCAUGCUCCAGGCUGCAGCCAUUCCAGAGGCCUGGCUCACUGCCUUCCAGCUGUUACAUCUCUUGGGAAAUGUUCAGGCUGGAGACUCUGUGCUAAUCCAUGCAGGAUCAAGUGGUGUAGGCACAGCUGCCAUCCAACUUGCCCGGAUGGCUGGAGCGAUUCCUCUAGUCACAGCUGGCUCUCAGCACAAGCUUCAAAUGGCAGAAAAGCUCGGAGCAGCUGCCGGAUUCAAUUACAAAGAAGAAGAUUUUUCUGAAGCAACACUGAAAUUCACCAAAGGUGCUGGAGUCAACCUUAUUCUAGACUGCAUAGGCGGCUCCUACUGGGAGAAAAAUGUCAACUGCCUGGCUCUUGAUGGUCGCUGGGUUCUCUACGGUCUGAUGGGAGGAGCUGACGUCAGUGGGCCUCUGUUUUCAAAGCUACUUUUCAAACGAGGAAGUCUGAUCACCAGUUUGUUAAGGUCUAGGGACAAAAAGUACAAGCAGAUGCUGGUGAAGAGCUUCACAGAGCAAAUUCUGCCCCACUUCUCCAUGGAGAGCCCUCACCGUUUAGUGCCGGUUCUGGACAGAGUCUAUGCCAUGACUGAAAUUCAAGCGGCCCAUGUGUAUAUGGAGACUAACAGGAACAUGGGCAAAAUCGUCCUGGAGCUGCCCCAAUGAAGGAUGAGGGAGGGGGCAGUAGAGGACGUGGCUCCCUCAGGUCUUCCAAGAGCAAACUUCAAGAAAAUUCACUGUACAGUCAGGCCACUGGGUGCUAUUCCAGGCUGGGCUGUAACCUCCUGUUCCUUCCCCAGCCUUCUCUAACGAUCCUUGUAAAACUGGUCUAGGAAAUAAAGAGUGGAAUUGAAGAGUG